AUGUCUCCAUCAGGCCUAGGAUGGAUCAUCGUUGACAGCCUCGACACGAUGAUGCUCAUGAACUUGACGGAGCCUCUUUCUGAUGCACGCAAGUGGCUUCACCGCAGUCUCACCUGGGACCAAGACCAGGAUGUCAACACUUUCGAGACCACUAUCCGCAUGCUGGGUGGUUUACUCUCCGCGCAUUACCUUUCGACGCAACUGCCUCACGUCGCGUCAAAGAGAGACUCUGUGUACCUUGCCAAAGCAAUCGACUUGGCGGACCGGCUACUUGUUGCUUUCGACAGCAACUCAGGCAUCCCUUACGCCAGUGUCAACAUCGGCAAGAGGAAGGGUAUCCCAUCCCAUGCCGAUGGCGGCUCUUCUUCGACGGCAGAGGCGGCUACGGUGCAGUUGGAGAUGAAAUAUCUAUCACAUCUGACAGGGAACGAUGUUUACUGGAAAAAGGCCGAGCAUGUGAUGAAGCUACUUGAUGACCAGAAGAUGGAAGGUGGGUUGUUACCGAUCUUCGUGCAUCCCAAUCAUGGUCGCUUCACCACAAGAGAGAUUCGGCUCGGAAGUCGGGGUGACUCAUACUAUGAGUACCUCGCGAAGCAGUACCUCCAGACGGGAGAAACGAUUUAUCGUGACAUGUGGGAAGACGUACUGGAUGGGAUUCAAAAGCAUCUCGUCACCACAACACGCAAUGCUGCUUUGAAGUACAUCGCUGAACUUCCCGCGGGGGUUGGAGGUGCUCUCUCGCCCAAAAUGGAUCAUCUUGUUUGCUUUCUUCCUGGUACUAUUGCUAUGGGUGCUACGGAGGGCCGAACGUUAGCCGAAGCUCGUCGCGAUCCGGAAUGGACGCCCUAUCAUGAAGAUGAUGUGAAACUUGCCAUUGAACUCAUGAAAACCUGUUGGGGCAUGUACGCUGUCACAGACACCGGACUUGCGCCGGAGAUCGCAUGGUUCAACGCCACAGAAUACGACCUGCAACCGAACCCUGGGGAUAGAAAACAGCGUAGUUCUAGUAGCACACUGUCGAAAUGGCACAAAGACUUAAUCAUCAAGCCUCUGGAUGCGCACAACCUGCAGAGACCCGAAACAGUUGAAAGUCUCUUCAUGAUGUACCGCGUAACUGGCGAUUCAAUGUACCGAGAAUGGGGUUGGAAAAUCUUCCAAGCCUUUCGGGAGCACACUAUGGCCCCUGACGGAGAAGGCUUCACGAGCCUCAAUGAUGUGCGAACAGUACCACCGUCAACGAGAGACAAUAUGGAGAGUUUUUGGCUGGCCGAAACUCUCAAGUACCUGUACUUGCUGUUUUCCCCAACAGAUUAUAUGUCGUUGACUGAAGUCGUAUUCAACACCGAAGCACACCCCUUCCCUCGAUUCACUCCGACGGGAACUAUGAAAACCGGGUGGGAGAGAUUGCCACGGUGA